UUUUAUUGCAGCUAUACUCUGUAGUUAUCAACCUAACAUUUUUCGGCGAUGAUUACACCACGCGUUUGACAAACACAGAUUCACAAAAGAAAAUCGUUGAGGAGUUCCAUACAACCAAACCCGGUCACCCAUUGUUGGCAAUUUUACAGACGAAGAUUUCGCUGGUGAACGAUUGGUGGGGUGCAACACCACAAGAUAACGCCGAGUAUCCGUUUCAGCGUGAUGAAGUGGAGCGCGUCAUUAACGGAAAAUUCGGUGAACGCAGUCACACAAAAACCAUUGGAACCUCUUCGAUGCAAGCGCUUCCCGAAUAUGCAAGAUUGCGUAAAACGCAGAAGUCACUCAAAAGUCUGAUCAUUUCAAUCCCCCAGCCGCUGCUUGAGCAUAUACUGAUUUCACCCAAACCCAUAGACCAUCCAGAACCGGAGAACAGUUUGAUUGGCUUCAUCUUCGCCGUAUUGGUGGCCAUCAUAUUGGUGCUCGUUGUGGUCAUACUCUUAAUUGUUAUACGUAAUAAACGCGGUCGUGGCGGUAAUGUGCUCGAUGCAUUCCAACACAACUUCAACCCGGAUACGCUAGGGGGCGCCGAUAAGCGGCUCAAUUGCAAUGGCAUGAAGGCCGUCACGAUGGACAAUGACACGGAGUCUAUUGACAAGAGCAGCCUCUACCAUGAACCGUUCAAUGUGAAUAUGUACACGAGUGCAGCGAGCGGUUGCUCCAUGAAUGACAUGCAACGGCAACAUGUCACACCGGACUACACAG